UCAUAUACUCUUACACAAAUCAUAUACUUCACAUAUUAUUCUACUUUACAUAUAUAUAAUAAAAAUAUUAUAUUUAAAUCUGUAUCAUGGAGACAGUAACCAAUUCAACUCAAAAUCCUACCAACUCCAAUUACUCUGACUCUGUUUCUCUCAAAAGUAAAGUCUAUAAAUACUUAAAACACUUGCAUCUCCCAAAUCAUCAAGCAAGCCUUUCCUCAAACACAAACACAAAAAUGGCCAACUUAAUCUUGAUUGUAACUACUCUUGUCACAAUUGCUCCUCUCUGCUUCUGCCACAGCACAAAUGGAGGCUACCUCUACCCACAAUUCUACGACCGGUCAUGCCCACAAGCUCUGCCAAUCGUCAAGUCCAUCGUGGCCAAAGCCGUGGCUAGAGAGCCUCGCAUGGCUGCUUCACUCCUCAGGCUCCAUUUCCAUGACUGCUUCGUUAAGGGAUGCGAUGCAUCGAUUCUUUUGGACAGCGGUGGAGGCUUAACGAGUGAGAAAAACUCGGUUCCCAACAGAAAUUCAGUCCGUGGAUUUGAUGUGAUUGAUGAGAUUAAAUCAGCGGUGGAGAAAGCCUGCCCUCAAACCGUUUCUUGUGCAGAUAUAUUGGCUGUUGCUGCAAGAGAUUCCACAGUUGUUGCUGGUGGGCCAAGUUGGGUGGUUCCAUUGGGGAGAAGGGACUCAAAAGGAGCAAGUUUGAGUGGAUCAAACCACAACAUCCCAGCUCCAAACAACACCUUCCAAACAAUCCUCACCAAGUUCAAGCUACAAGGAUUGAACAUUGUUGAUCUUGUAGCGUUGUCCGGGAGCCACACCAUAGGAAAAGCAAGAUGCACGAGCUUCAGACAGAGGCUCUACAACCAGACAGGAAACGCAAAGCCAGAUUCCAGCUUGGAGCAGUCCUACGCAGCCCAGCUGCGCACCAGGUGCCCACAGUCCGGCGGCGAUCAGAACCUCUUCCCCCUCGACUUCGUCUCCCCCACGAGCUUCGACAACGCCUACUUCAAGAAUCUGCUGAGUUUCAAGGGCCUCCUCAGCUCCGAUCAAGUGCUGGUCACCAAGAAUCAAGAAUCACUGGAGCUGGUGAAGAGAUAUGCGGAGAGCAAGGAGGUGUUCUUCGACCAGUUUGCCAAGUCCAUGGUGAAGAUGGGGAACAUUUCGCCAUUGACGGGCCGCAGAGGAGAGAUCAGGAAGAAUUGCAGGAGCAUGUCUUCUUAGAAUACCAUUGCCAUUGCUUCUUCUUCAUUACUGUCGUUCGAUCUACUUCUGCCUUUUCCAUGCUAAUCACAAUCACUCUGUCGCUGCACUGUAUUCUAUAUUUAUCAUCAUUUUAUGUGUCUCGUGACUCUUACUCUA